CUAUCUGAGCAAUACAGGAGAAGAGUGGAAGGGGAAAAUGGUGUUGCCAGAGGACUCAUGACAUUUUUAAGCAGCUUGGAAAACUGCUCUGUGCCAAUGUAUGGAUUUAAAUAUGCCCCCAGUGAGACAAAAGAAUCUGACUGGUCAAACAUAUAUCAUCUUCUACCUGAAUGGACUGCUCAAGCAGAAAGAUUACUGGAAAUAAUUGGGAGUUCAUAUUCAGAAGAGAAACCCAUCCUAAAUACAAUUGAAGAGUUGGAGCCUGAAGAUGUCUUUAAGAUGCUACAACACUGGGUUCUAAAUAUCACAAAUGGAACAGAGAAGGAUAAUGUGCAGCUUAACCAGCAGGUAACAACUCUUCACACAGCAAUGGUCCAGUACAUGGUGAAUAUCCUGAUCCUGUUAUCCCCAGACUACUCCUCUGAUCCCUUAAACGCCACACAUACU